GUUAAUCUCUCUUUUUCUCUAUCUUUCUUACGUUGUCAAAUCGCCCCUCCUGUCCUUAUCUGCCUUCAUGCCUUUUGCCUCUUCCCCACGAGGCCACCUUCAAAAAUUUCAUGUUUUUUUUUUCUUCUAACAAAUGUUCUACUUAUUCAAGAAUAUUUUUCUUCAAUAAGUUGGAUUUGUUAUUUUGUGAUUGCAUUUUCGCAACUUUUCCUGAUUAAUUCUGGCGGUGGCUAUGGAUUCGAGGAGGCGUUUGAUGCUGUUUUUAUUGUUGAUUGAGUUGAUAAUUUUGGUGAAAGGAAAUGUAGUUUUUAAAGUUCAGCAUAAAUUUGGAGGCCGCGGGAAGGGAGUGGAAGCCCUGAGGACUCUCAAGGAUCAUGAUUCUGGCCGCCAUGGACGAAUGCUGGCAGCCAUUGAUUUUCAGUUAGGCGGCAAUGGAAAGCCCACCGAUGCCGCGCUCUAUUACACCAAGAUUGCUAUUGGUUCUCCUCCAAGUGACUAUCAUGUACAAGUCGAUACAGGAAGUGACAUUCUCUGGGUGAAUUGUAAAGACUGUGACAGGUGUCCCAAAAAAAGCAGCCUUCAUAUACCCUUGAACCAGUAUGACAUAACAGCCUCUUCGACUGGCAAGAAGAUCACAUGCAAUCAAGAGUUUUGCAAUACUGUGUUCACUGGUCCAAAUUCAGAUUGCAAGGUUGGAAUGGCCUGUGAAUAUGCAGUUACUUAUGGAGAUGGGAGUAAAACCGAGGGCUAUUUUGUCAAUGAUUACAUCAGACUCGAUCAAGUGUCAGGAAACCUUCAGACGGCAACCAUGAAUGGGUCCAUAUCAUUUGGGUGCUCAGCUAAACAAUCUGAAGAUUUAGAUUCAUCCUCUCAAGCAGUUGAUGGAAUAAUAGGUUUUGGGCAAUCGAACACAUCAGUUCUUUCACAGCUUGCUUUAUCUAAAAAGGUUAAAAAAGUAUUUUUACAUUGCCUGGAUGGAAGAAUUGGAGGUGGCAUAUUUGCUAUUGGUGAAUUGGAGCAGCCAAAAGUAAAUUCAACACCACUGGUCGAAAAUGAGGCGCAUUACAAUGUUCUUAUGAAGGCAGUUGAUGUGGGUGGUGAAUCUCUAGACCUUCCAACAGAUUUAUUUGGCUUUGAUGCCAAUAGAGAUACAAUUAUCGACAGUGGUACAACCUUGGCUUAUCUUCCAUCUAGGCUUUAUAAUCAGGUUAUUGAAAAGAUGAUGGCAAAGCAACCUGAUCUGAAAACUCAUUUAGUCGAGGAUCAAUUCAAAUGCUUCUGGUACAAUGGGAAUGUUGAUGACGGAUUUCCAGUUGUAACUUUUCAUUUUCAGGGCAAACUUCUUUUGCCAGUUUAUCCUCAUGAUUAUCUGUUCGAAGUUCAUGAUAACGAAUACUGUAUCAGUUGGCAGAGCGGUAAAAUGCAGUCAAAAGAUGGAAAGGAGUUGACUUUGUUAGGAGAUAUUGUACUAUCGAACAAGAUUGUUUUGUACGACCUCGAAAAUCAGACUAUUGGAUGGACAGAGUACAACUGCUCUUCAAACAUCAAGGUGAAAGAUGAAGCAUCAGGGAAUGUUUAUUCUGUGAGCGCACAUGAUAUUACUUCGGCUUCCAGUCCGGUUAAAGUUAAUGUUAUUCCGAUUGUUUUGUUAAUAUCGAUCCUGCUAAAUCUGAUAGAAUGAUCUGUUUCACAAGAAUCGACUUCACAAAAUGAUGUUCGUUCUCGAUGACAAUAAAUGUUCGAUGCUGAGCGGUUUUCGUUCUUCAUAUACUAAAUACAGUUGUUGGAAGCUUUGUGCUGUGUUUCUUUGACCCCACAUUCUCCCGUGUCUCAUCACAAAGAAUGGCUGCUGCAGGCUAUGAUAUUGACCCAAGGUUGAAUUUUUACAUUUUGUUCAAUAUUUUUUUUUUUUUUUUUUUCACACAAGAUUUUAUA